GAGAGAGACAGAGACAGAGGGAGAGAGACAGAGGAAGAAAGACAGAGGGCGAGGGAGAGAGGCAGAGGGAGAGCAGAGUUAUGGCAGACACAGAACUCAAACCAGAGUCAAAACCAGCCCACAAACUCUUCUGUCCUGUUUGUCUGGGUGUUCUGAAGGGGGACCAGGAUGCCACCUGUGGCCACCAUGUCUGUGGUUCUUGCCAGGAGAGUAAAGGUCAGGGCUGCCCCCAGGCUCUACAGACCUCUUCCAUACCUGAGCCUGAAACUGCCGCUGUGAAACAUGAAAUGACCAAUGGAACAGCGACUGAGUCUUCACUGCUGGUCAGGACCAAAGAGGAGGAGAUCCAAGCGCAGUAUUCAAUGACAGCAGAGACAACCAAAGUACAGGAGCAUGUGCUUGAAUCCCAGGACUCUGAGAAUCCAGAGGAAGCCAAAAGGAAAGAUGAAGGAAGCGACCCGCCACAACCUGCAGAGAAAGGGAAAGAGGACACGGAGGCUGAUGUGAAAGAAAAACUGACGGAAGGGAAGGCAGAGGUUAAAGGCCAGGUGACCGUGGAGCCGUUGGGACCCGACGAUGUGGUGUGCGACUCGUGUAUCGAGACGAGCCCCUGCAGGGCCCUAAAGUCCUGCCUCACCUGCCUGGUGUCUUACUGCGGAACCCACCUGCGGCCCCACCUGGAGAACCCCAAGUUCCAGAACCACCGCCUGGUGGAGCCUCUAAGGGACAUUGAGAGACGGACCUGCGAGAGCCACAAGUGGCCCCUGGAUCUGUUCUGCUCUGCCGACAGUGUGUGUGUCUGCCGUGACUGUGUGUCUGAGGACCACCGUGGACACGGCACCAUGCCGGUGGUGGAGGCCCGCAGGCUGAUAGAGAGGGAACUGAGAGACAAACAAACAGAAAUGGCUAAGACAGUGACAGCAGCUGAGAAUGCCAUCACCAAACUUCAACUCAACACCGUCUCCAUUGGGAAUUCAGUGAAGGAGGUGCGUGAGGUGAUCGAAAGCCAGUUUACAGAGUUACUGACUGCAGUGGAACGGGCCAAGAAAGAGGUGACGGAGGUCCUGGAGGGAGAGGAGAAGCAGGCUGUGCAACAGGCCCACGGCAUCAAAGUUCACCUGGAGCAGAGGUGCUCUGAUCUGAAGAAGAAACAGACGCAGGUGGAAAAGCUUUACAAGAACAAGAACGAUGUGGACUUCUUACAGGAGUACUCGGAGUGGAAAAAGGAAAGCCCUGACAUCACCCUACCUGGGGUCUACAUCGGCCUCAUGGAUCGCCUCAACUCCUUCAGCAAAGUGAUUGUUACCUCCACACAGGAGCUGUGUGAAAAGCUGCUCUCCAACUACGUAGAGACGCUCAAAGGGACCUGUAAAAAUGACAAGAUGGGGAUAAAAACCACAGUCCAUGCAAUAAUUGCAACCAAACAAAAAAAGACUUUGCCAGAACCGAAAACGCGUGAUGAAUUCCUCAAGUAUGCCGCUCCUGUAAAUUUUGACGCAAACACCACCCAUAGGUUUCUCCGCCUUACUGAGGAAAACAAGAAGGUAACCAACACCUCGCCUUGGCAACACCCGUAUCCCGACAUCCCCGAGCGCUUUGACCACUGGCGCCAGGUACUAGCCACGGACAGCUUCUACCUGGGCCGGCAUUACUUCGAGGUGGACGUGAGCGGCGAGGGCACGCACAUUGGCCUGACCUACAAGAGCAUCGACCGCAAGGGCACCGAAAGCAACAGCUGCAUCACGGGGAACGACUUCUCCUGGUGCCUGGAGUGGAACGGCCGCGGCUUCUCGGCCUGGCACAGUGACGUGGAAACACCCCUGAAGGUGGAGAGGUUCACCCGCCUCGGGAUCUACCUGGACUACAACCUCGGCCUGUUGGCCUUCUAUGGAGUGGACGAUGCUGCUAACAUGACCCUCAUACACCAAUACAAGGCAGAGUUUCGGGAGCCCCUCUACCCAGCCUUCUGGUUGUCCAAGAAGGAGAAUAUGGUGGUGCUGGUUGGGCCUGGAGCACCACUGCCCCUGAAAAGGCCCACGCCCCCCAGCUCACCCCAAAACACUCAGGCGGCACGCCAAAGCCGCUUCACAGUCAUUCCUGUCGUUGAACUAUGAUGACCAACGUGUCGCAGGGGAAUUAGCCGAGUUUGGAUUCAGAAUGGAAGAAGCAUUCUUGUUUUGAAAGGUGUUUUUUGUUGUUGUUGCCACUCAGUGCUUUAUUAUAGAGAACGCGGUGAAAGACAGAGAGGAUUUUUUCUGAAAGGGUCAUAGGUCAGAUUUGAAUCCAUGCUGCAGCAGCACAUACGCGCCGGGGGAUAGGGUCGUGACUUUCGAAUUUUCCCAGACAGAUUUCUAUGAAAUAUGAACUAUCAUUACCUACAAUAUGAAUUAAACAUAUAUUUUUUUAAUGAAAGUAAGUACGUUGCUUUUUAUGCACCCUUGGUGAGGGCAUACCACGACCAGAAAUUGGUGAUACAUGGAAAGGAAACAAAUGUUCCCCAUAAAUAUUUCAAGAACAUUGCUUCUCAUCAUACUUCCAAAUGUUGAAUAUAUAUAUAUAUAACAAAUCACAGCCGUAACCCAAAAAUAGCACAAAUGAAUGAAUAGAAAAAACUAUAUAUAAAAGAAAAAAAUGAUUGCUGAUCUUUUGAAUUGAUUAUUCUUGUUGAAAGUAGCUUGGGGAAAUAAAUUGCCAUUGUGCUUUACAUUUAUAAUAGUCUACUUGGAGUAAGAACAGUACAAGUGUUUGGUACUAUGUAUGUAUUGUUUAAAUGGUUGUCAGUCAUCAUUAAACCCACUGGGUUAUUGAAUGCCCAGAUUUAUACAAUGCCCAACAAGCAGUCGAGUCCCCAUUUCAACUUAUGAGCCACGUUGGUGAGGUUUUUAUUUAUUGGUGUUACAGAGCUAUAUUCAUCUUGACAAUGGAUAGGUUUCUUCCAAUGCAUUGGGUCAAAUUUUAUUUAUAUAUUACUUUAAAUUUGAUGCAAAAGAGUUUAGACAAUGUGACUAUGUUUGAAUUGUACUAUUUGGUGAACUUCUGCACUGCUGUUACUGUUCAUGAAUGUACUCUAGGACAGUUAUGUCUUUACAUUAAUAAAAGAUGUAUUAAUUUGCA